UUUUUUUUAACCCCCGAAAAGAGCUGUCCGCGGCUCUGAGCUUCCCGCACACCGCGUCUCGAGUGCCGGGGUACACGAUGGCGGCUCCGGCCCGCUGGGUGCUGUGCUUGUGCCUGGGCUGCCUUUGCCUGACUCCGGGGGACGUGCUGCGGGCGCGCUGGGCCGGGCUGCGGCGGAGGGCUGCCUGGGGCGGCCGGGAGAGAGCAGGUGACCACGGGCUGCAGCCGGGGGACAAGGUGUCGGAGCACAUGCUGCGCCUUUACGCGCAGUACAGCGCGGGUCCUGCGGAGCCGCCCCGAGAGCCGCCCGCCCCGCACCUCCGGCGCGGGAACACCGUGCGAGGGUUCCGCCCGAGGGCUGCAGGGAGCCCUGGAAGUCAGGAGCUGUAUGUUUUUAACUUGACUUCACUCACCAAGUCAGAAAAUAUCUUGUCAGCUUCGUUGCAUUAUUAUAUCGGUGAUCUGCUGGACUCUGACUGGAAUUGUUCCCAGUCCAGAGGCUGUUCUCAUCGUGGGCACAGGAAACCUGAAAUUCAAAUUCAUCUUUCAGUGUGGACCUUUCCAUCUGUUGGGAACCAGAGUCGGAGUCUGGGCCAUUUCUUAAUAAACAUCUCCAGUUCUUACGGCGAUGUCCUUUCCUGGCAGUGGAAAGAUAUCACUCAGGUCCUACACAAAGCAAAACAGAGCAAUGAACUUCUGAUUGGCGUCAAAAUGGAUUCAACCAGCCAUCCCCUGUGGAAAAGGGCACUAUUUCACUAUGAGCCCUACAUUCUGGUAUAUGCCAAUGACUCCGCCAUUUCAGAGCCAGAGAGUGUUGUUUCUAGUUUGCAAGGGCACCACAACCCUUUGGCAAGGGUCUUCCCUAGGCCAGAAAACCACAUGAGGAGCAGCCUUGGAAAACGGCGGCGAAAACGCUCCACCAACGUCCUGUUGCCAUUGCAGAACAAUGAGCUUCCCGGAGCUGAGUACCAGUACAAUGAGGACGAGAGGUGGGAAGACAGAAAACCAUACAAAACUUUCCAGCCUCGUCUGGCAGAGAGGGCAAAGAGUAAGAAAAAGCAGAGGAAGAACCACCACCAGAAGAGCCAGACUCUCCAGUUUGAUGAGCAGACCUUGAAGAAGGCGAGGAGGAAGCAGUGGAACGAGCCCCGGUAUUGUGCCCGACGCUAUCUCAAAGUGGAUUUUGCUGACAUUGGCUGGAGUGAGUGGAUUAUUUCCCCAAAAUCCUUUGAUGCCUAUUACUGCUCAGGGGAAUGUCAGUUCCCAAUUCCAAAGGCCUUGAAGCCAUCUAACCAUGCCACCAUCCAGAGCAUAGUGAGAGCUGUCGGUGUUGUGCCUGGAAUUCCUGAGCCGUGCUGCGUUCCUGACAAAAUGUCCUCUCUCAGCAUCUUAUUCUUUGAUGAAAAUAAGAAUGUGGUUCUCAAGGUGUAUCCCAACAUGACAGUAGAAUCCUGUGCAUGCAGAUAACGUCUCAGAAGACCCUUUAGAAGCACUGAGGUGAUCACUCACUGUUCAUUGGUGUUCUUUUCAUGAUUUCUACUUUUUGUUUGCACUGCCAAGGCGUUUCCUUCGGGGGGGAGGGGAGGGGAAGAAGUAAAUCCAAACAAAGAAAGAUGAAAAUGGAGUGGAUUCUGAAUUGCAAUUCCAAGGGAUGGGAACAUGAACUUCAUUCAUCUUUAAAUUUGAUCGAGGCGUUAAGUCAUGGCAAUGAGGAUUGACUGUUGCUGUUGAAACUGAGAUGAAACAGAAAUUUACAGAAGACUUCGAAAUUUUGGGGACUGUCAGAAGGACACACUAAUCUAUUUUUAUACAUGAUUUUGGAAACAGGAACUGUUAAAUUUUAUCUCCGUUUUUCUGGUAUCUGAUGGGAAGGCAGAUUAGAAAUCUACUUUUAUUCAUUUUAAACCUAAGCUUUCCAUCAUAGUUUACUGAGUAAUGCAGCAAGAAAAAAAAAAAGAAAAAAGAAAAAACUAAACUAAACAAAUCUGACAUUCCAACAGCCAUAGACAACACAACUCAGAUAUCUGUUUCCUUGGUAUGACAUGUCUCUGACUGCAUGCAUGCAUUCAUUUUCAAUAAUAUGUUCUUCAUAACUCAGCUUACAAGAUGUCACUGCCCCUGGGUGAAGAAGGCAAAACGUAUCUCUGCUGCAUGGGAAAUUGUGGUAUCUCAGAAAGACUUCUCUUUCAUGCCACUGCAGAAACUCAGCAGGUGAAGGGUAUGAAAGUGUCGCAUUUAUUGACGUGUUCAUAAGAGAUAUUCUAGAGCAUAUCUGCAAAUAAUCUAUGAGUAAGUUAUGGUAGUUAAUUCCUAACAUGAAAUUAUUUGGUUCGUAACUCUUAUCUGUAUACCCUAAUGACAGUUAUUUUACCAGAAUUAGCUCUGGUUGGUGAGUUUUGAUGUUGCAUUAAUCAAAUAGCAGCUUUUCUUUUUCUCAUUGAUUCUGCUCUGGAAAUGUGUUGUACCUGUGCUGUCAUAGAUUCUUAAAUUUAAGGUUUCUUACCAGCAAGUUUUGCACAACAAAAAUACAAAACAUGCUUUUGAUGGGGAAAAAAUAAUGUGAGAAACUAAAAGCAGGGAAAGAAGUGUCUAAUGAAUCAUAGGCAACUCUGCAGAAAUUGGUUCCAUUUUUGAGUGGAUGUCAGAGGAACGCUUCAAGCUUCAAGUUUUCAGUAAUGUUCUCCAUAGGGAGUGAAGCUUCUUAAAGCACUUCUGGCUGGCAAGAACCAUGUUUUAGUUUGUGCAAAGAGUAAACAUUUAUCUUUUGGGUAAACUAUCUACAUAACUGACUGUAGUGUGCUUAAAGGGAAAUUGUUCAUAGGGAAUGAAUUAAUUUUCCACGGUCAGGAGAGUUCAGUUCUCUAUUUUGGAGUCAGUGGUUCUUCCGUGUUUUGAAGUUGAUCAGCUUUCCCAUGUGAAUGCCUCCUUGCAGCUUCAUAGCUAUGUGAAGGUAAUUUAAACACUUGAUGAUUGAUUCUUGUGUUUGGUCACUGGUGCUAUCGUGUUUACCAAUCUGAGUCAUGUGCAUGGGUGUGAGAGGUGUGGACAUGGAUCAUAUAACCCAGGAUCCUUUCAGCAAUCAUUUUUUACUGUGCAAGGUCUCAGUGGAAGCUGAUGGCAGUUUUACUUCAAAACAGGACAAAACAAAAAAAAAAAAAAAAAAAAGAAAAAAAGUAACAGCAAAGAUUAGUCCCAGCUGCAAGCCAGGCUCAGAGCCCUUCCAUUAUCCUGCUUGAGGAGAAUAUCCCAGUAAUGCAGCCUGAGACCUUCUUGUUGGCUGAAAUUAAGCAAGAGUAACUAGCACAGCUAUUAGACCCAAUUGCUGUAUGUUAGUAAUCUAAGGCUUUAACAGCAUCACCUGAAAAGGAGCACGAAGAUGUUCUGCUUGGCUGUCUCUGGGAUACACCCACUCUUUGUCAAUAAUUGUGGAAUGCAGAACAGGUGCAACCUCGAAGUAAAAUCUGAUCUGCCUCUUCCAGCUCUAGGCUGAGCAUUAACUCUGUGUGUGAGACGAUUUAUGUACAGGACUUGUUUUUGUAUCUGUGUUUUUUACAUGCAGCUUUCUAAAUAAAGCCAUUAUUAGAAUCUGUAAGAUGCUAAUCACAUGAACAAUGAUUUCUGUAUAUAACGUUGUAUGAGUAAGGACUUUAAAAAAAAAAAUCCAACCAAUGUUAUUAAUCACCAUUCUAGUCUUAAAUCAGCAUGAGGGGCUUUUGCCACAUAUUCUGUUUUUUUAAAUACUGUAAAUUGAUGAAUGGCUCUGCUUCCCAUCUAAUUAUAUAGCAUCUAAUGCCUGUGCAUUAUUUUUAUGGCUUUACUUUUAUGCAGAGGCAGAGCACAUUUUGUGAGGUGCCACAUACCCAUGGGGUCAUGAAUCGCUCUCCUCUGGUGCAGGACUGGUCCAAAAGCUUUGGAUGUUCAUCUCGGAGGGGAUGCGUGGGAGUUUGCAAAAGUUUGGACUUUUUGUUGAGAGACCUAUUCCUCCUUGUAAAAACAGCCUUUGUAAAUGGUUUCUUUUUAAAAGCAAAUGUUUGUACAGACAAUGUCAAUUAAAGAAAAGUAGCAAAAAAAAAAAAAAAAAAUUAUUUUGUAUAUGGAAAAAAACUUUUACAGAUACUUUUAAUUUAUUUUAUAUCUGUGGCCAUCUUGUUCUUUUCCAAUUUUCCUCUUAAUGCUCUCUAAACAAUAUUGUUGUCACUGUUGUUGCAAAGACAAAAAGGCAUAGACCAUGGUCAGGUUCGCAAGGACAGAUCACAGCAGCACUGUGAAAGACACGUUUCACUACUGAUGUAUAAGCUUGCCUAAUUUGUAUUUGUUUCCUUUCAGUAACAGGAAACUUUCACUAUGAACUCCUCAUAAAAUAUAAAAUA